AUGGCUGUUGCAGUCGUCAACAAUAACGAUAUGCUAAUUUCCUCUUCCGCCUUCAGCACCAGCGCCAGCAGAGUCGAGGUUCGCUCCGUGUGGGCUCAUAACCUCGACGAGGAGUUCGCCCUUAUCCGCUCCGCCGUCCCGUUCCACCCCUUCGUCGCAUUGGACACCGAGUAUCCUGGCGUCGUCGUCGCUUCCAAAAAUCCCUACUGCACCCUCACCCUCCCCCAGCGCUACGAAUUGAUCCGCGCCAACGUCGAGGCCCUCCGCAUCGUCCAGGUCGGUCUCACCCUCUCCGACGCCGCCGGCAACCUCCCAUGUGCCAUCUACAGCGACGGCACUUGUGUGCGUUACGUGUGGGAAUUUAAUUUCCGCGACUUCGACAUCAUCCGCGACCGUUACGCCCCUUCCUCCGUCGAGCUGCUCAAGGCUAAUGGCAUCGACUUCCAAAAGAAUCAAAUAUGGGGCAUCGACUCUUGCACAUUCGCCCACCACUUGGCCACCUCCGGCUUGCUUUCCUUUGGCCAUUUUUCUCCCGUCUCCUGGGUACCUUCCUAUAGUCAAGAUGCUGACAUGCGACUGCAAAUUACCAAAGACCGUUCGUGA